AUGUCAGCAGCUUCGCGCCAUCAACUCGAACAAUACCUCGCACGUCUUCCUUCCACCUCAUCUACAUCCAACAAUGGCAGCACUUCUGCAUCACCGAACCUAGACAACCUCGUCCAGCGCAGCGCCAGCCUCGCUUCACGUGUCGAUGCGCUUCACGCUCAAAUUGCUGAUACCGACACCACCGCAAACUCCCGCAGCGAUGACCCGCAGCUGUUCUGGAGUACAUUGACCUUGCUCACAAAUCUGCGCGAGGUAGCAGCUCAGCUGCAACGCUCUAGCUCUGCCGGAGAUGGCAAGCCGAGAGAGUUGGCACUGGCUAGAACAAGGCAGGACAUCGGCAUUGUGGAGUCGCUGUUGAGGAUGCUGAGUGUAUCGAGCGACGCAGAGUCGGAGAGCACUUUCACGGCUGCAGUCGGUCCACAGCCCUCAACAGCAGCACCUUCCUCAUACGACUCUGCGACACGGCAAGGGUACGAGUAUUGGAAGCAACGUACACUCUCCGCCAUCGACGACCAAGAUGACCGUUCCUCCAUCAAUUCGGUUGACGGAGACGACGACGUCUCAGAUGCGGAAUCGAUCCUCACAGAUCCAGAGCUCCACUCUACAUUAAAGCUAGGCGGCAUCAAAUCUCAGCCAUCCACCACCGACCAAGAAGACUACUCAGAAUACGAUCGAGCCGUGCGCUCCUCUUCCUCUUCCACCCAACCCCCCUCAUCCCUCACCACCACCGCCCCUACCACCUCUGCACCAGCCACAACCUCCGCCAGCGAAACAAUCCUGCAAUCGGACCGCGCGACCCACGAAGCCCUCUCCUCCGAACUCCUGCGCAUGGCCUCGGUGCUCAAAUCCAACUCGCUCGCCUUCGCAGACUCGCUCGAACGCGACCGCCUCCUCCUCGAAAAGGCAGGCACCGAUCUCGGCCACAACCUCGACCUCAUGACCCGCACACGCGGAAGACUCGGAGUCUACUCGAAGAAAGCCCGCAGCAUGGGUUGGUUCAUCCUCUCGGCCAUCCUCGUCGUUAUCGUCAGUUGGAUGCUCAUGUUCUUACUCAUUCGAUUGACCUAG